AUGGCCCGAAGACCGUCGUUUUUGGAUCACAUUUCGGACAAUGACAAAGAUGAAAGGCAACGGUCAAGACCAAUGCAGAUCCCCAGACAGGCCCCUUCAGUACAUUCAGAGGGGGGCACUAGUGUAACGGAAGAAACUUUUAGCAGCUCACACUCUUCAGAGUCUUACGUCCCCGCGGAAGAUCAUCCCCUUUCAAAACAAAGUUCCCAACAGCCAAACAGUCAAAAUCCAAGCCAGCAAUUUACUGAGCAUGAAUCAUGUUUCCGGGUAGCCUCAAAUGUGUCACAGCUCUCUGGUAUUGCACAUAAUUCACCACGUAGUUUCACGCAGCGGAAACGUCCGUCCUUUGGGCGACGAAGGAGCUCGUUUUCUCGAGGUUCAUUUGUGGGUCACAACGGCAGCUUUAUUUCAACCUCGUUGAAAGAAGACCUCGACCCUACCACUGAGGAAUUGAGGCAUGGAUCUUUCGGAGACGAUUCUGAGGAAGAGCUAUUCGAACCAGACACUACGGUGGAAAACACUCGAGAAACAAGCUCAGCCACCGCUGAACGAGAAACAACCAUUUUCAAUACAGAACUAGAAGCGAAGGAUAAUGAAAAGAGUGAAGCUCCUCACGGAACCAAAUUUUUCCAGAACUCGGCCCCAAGCAAUGAUGAUCUUUUGCAGCAAUAUACUCCCUUUCAUAACGUACCGACCUCCACAUCAAAGUCAUACAGUACCAAUAAAAGUAUCAGGGGAUUGAUCGGUUCACGGCAAAAAGAGGAGGUAGAGCCAGAACCCCGACUUUCUGAAGACCCAGAGCUUAUCGAGAUAGCCAACUUCCCCACAGAUCUUCUACUGGACAUGUUAACCGCUUUACUCGAUAAGAUAGUACAGUCCAACGAUCUGUUACACCGAGAUAAGUCACCUGGCGAGCGGCCACAAGAAUCACAAAUAGGGUUGCAGACUCCAACAUAUAGCAUGGGUACAGGGAUGUUUGCAGAGCUUCUGAGUUUCCGCGGAAAGCAUGUACCGGCGAUUACACUUCAACAGUAUUUCCAACGAAUACAGAAGUACUGUCCAACGACCAAUGACGUUUUCUUGUCGUUGCUGGUGUAUUUUGAUAGAAUAGCCAAGGCUUGCAAUAAUGGGAAAGAACAAACGUUUGUGAUGGACUCUUUCAAUAUUCAUCGCUUAAUCAUAUCUGCGGUUACAGUCAGUACUAAGUUCUUCAGCGAUUUCUUUUACAGUAACUCCAGGUAUGCGAGAGUUGGAGGCAUUUCUUUGAAGGAGCUCAAUCACUUGGAGCUUCAGUUUCUGGUUUUAUGUGACUUUGAGCUGAUUAUUAGCGUUGAGGAGUUACAAAAGUAUGGGGUUUUGUUGCGGGACUUUUGGCAAAGAGAGCAGGGAGAACUUGAUCCUGCGAUUGUAGUAUAG